ACUUCUGGCACAACCACUUUGCUCCAUCGGGUCCCAUCUUCAUCUAUACAUCAACAGAACCAUCACCAGCUUUUCUUCCCAACAGCUGCAAUAGCAGCUAAUGUUAUGGUUGGAUCACGAUCAUGGAUAGGGGGUCUCUUGAACCGUGUGAGCAAUAGACGUAAUGAGAGGUUUCUUGACUACCCUUUGACUCCUAUCCAGGAAGAAAGACUUCAAAGGCUUCAGGAAAGACUACAAGUACCCUUUGAUGGCACUCGCCCUAAUCAUCAGGAAGCUCUGAAAGCAUUGUGGGAUGCUGCCUUUCCUAAUAUUUCUCUGAAAGGCUUGAUCUCAAAGCAGUGGAAAUCAAUGGGGUGGCAGGGUCCUAAUCCAUCAACUGACUUUAGGUUAUUAUUCAAGCAAGAUGGGGAGCGAGCAGUUUGGGAAUACUCAUUCGCUGUUGCUGGCAUUAAUAUAUCAUUUAUGUUGAUUCAGAUGUUGGAUUUAUAUGCAGUUAAACCAAGAUGUCUCCCUGGAGUGAAUUUCUUAAAACUACUUGAAGAAGAUGAACAAGCAUUCGAUGUGUUGUACUGUAUAGCUUUUGAAAUGAUGGAUGCCCAGUGGCUUGCCAUGCACGCUUCCUAUAUGGACUUCAAUGUAUUUGCCCCUCUUGCUCUGACUCUCAAUCCCUUAUUGACACCAUCUCACAUUCGCUUCAUGACAAACUUUCUUAUUUUGCUGAAGGUCAUAUCUAUGCCUUUCUCUAAAGAAAAGAACAAGCCAAAAGUUUCCAGUGUCCAAUUGUUUUUUGCUAUUCCCUUGAUGGGAUAGAGCAACUUCAUUCUAUCCAUGGAACUAAUUUGAGUGCGUAAAAGCUUAUGUGAGGAACUUCAGUCAACAUCACAAUUUCCAAUCCUGUGCACCAAACAUGCUCUAUAUGUGAUGCUGGCUGAAGCCCCUUUCAUAAGCUUAUAUAGCAGCAAAUUCUAGACAGCAUAGGAGGUUUUACAGGCAACCUGGAACCAACUUGAGAGAGAACUGUCUUUAAAAGAUAUUCAUGUGAUACAAGAUUUACCUGCAUACAAUAUCUUGUAUAAGUAGUGCCUUCCUGCAGCCAUUCUCCAAAAACCUUCUUGGGUAAAUGAAGAUUCAGAUAGCUGUUACUUUGAAAAUAUAGUCUAGAACUUUUUCCCUCCACAUUUUGCUCUAAAGCCGGAUAUUUGUAACCUUGCAAAAGGUUGAACACAUGGUUUGGAUGAACAAUGUAGAACCUUAGUCUGUAGAACGUUACAGAUUGGGAUAAUGAAAAGUUUUUAAUCAA